CGGAAAUAACGGUCUGUCGUUGAGGGGGUUUUUCAUUAACGUUAAAGCCCCUCAUUGUGAAGGAAACAUGUCCACACUAACGUAUGGCACACGGGGAGAACACAGUGAUGACCAGCGAAUGGGAAAUACAAUAAAAUUCCUCUGAUGGUCGUGUUCGGACACUGAAAUGUCUCUGGCUCAAAGGGUCCUCUUGACCUGGGUGUUCACCCUGGUCUUCCUCAUCAUGUUGGUGCUUAAACUGGAUGGGAAGGUGCAGUGGAACUGGUUCCUCAUCUUCCUCCCUGUCUGGGUGUUUGACGGCAUCCUCAUCCUCAUGCUUACCAUUAAGAUGGCCGGCCGCUGCAAGCCUGGGUAUGACCCCAGGAAUGGCUCGCCGGACCUCCGUCUGCGCACUUGGUACCUGACUGCCAUGCUGCUCAAGCUGGGCUUCUGCCUGACGCUGUGUGCAAAGCUGGAAAAACUGGCCGACAUAAAGCUGACAUUUGUGUGCAUCCCUCUCUGGACCAUGCUGCUGGGGGCGCUGGUGGAACUGGGGCUCAACAUCUUUCCUGAAAGGAGAGAGGCUUAACAGCUUUAAAUUGCUCUAAACUUGUGAGGACAUGAGUUGGAAGAAGAUCAGCCCAUGACAGUGUGACUUUGGUGUAGAUUGUCUGCAGGAAAUUAAAUAAUUAUCUUAAGAAAGGAAAAAAAAAAAAAGAAAGAAAGAAUCAUUAAAAAUGACAAUCAUAGCUGCUCAGACCUCAGUCAGCUGUAUGGAGCUUCAGCAGAGCUGGGAUUCUGCUGAAGGUGUCAAAAGAAGAGCUGCUUAUGAGCAUCAAAAUAAUCACAAAUAUUCCAAAAUGACCUUUCAUUAUGAGAAACUACUGUGAAGCAAACACUGGAUAAAAGGACAAAAAAAAUCCCUGUACAAUAUAUUUUUAACUCAUUCUGCUCAUUAUUGUUGUUGAAUGAAUAUAGGAAACUGCUGCUCUUUUAAAAAGAAAAUGAGUUUAAGUAUUACACAUCUGCAGAAUUUUAACACAGAAUGUAAAUAUUGUUGUAAAUGCUUUAGAUAUGUUGUUGCAAUAUUCAUGCACACUGCUUCCUUUCAUUCCUGAGCUGUUCACGUAUUAUUUUUACCAGUUAACCAAUUAACUUUAAAUGACUACAGCAGGUUUUGCAGCAAGAGUGUACAUAAAAAUGAAUAACUCAGAUGACUUGAGCAGCUUCUGAUACUCUUUACCACAGGUUACCCCUAAGCCUUGCACAAGGCCCCUUUUGUACUUUGUAAAUCAUCACAUGUACCGAUAGAAUAGACUUGUCAUAUUAAGAUUCAGACGACAACUUUUAAUUAUUAAGCUAUAAACAUCCACACAGAGCUCUCUGGAAUACUUUCCAUCUGUUUUUGAAAUGUUUUGUCAAGUUUGUGUCAUAUUCAGACUGAUAUUUAUGACUCUGCAUGAAUUUAUUUUGCGCAGUUUAUUGAUUCCGAAAACUUUUGCCAUUAUUUUGCACUUUAUAAAAAAAAGGAAACAAUGUUUUAGAGUUGUAACAAUGUCUUGUAAUAAUAAAGGGGUUAAUUUAAGUCUGA